ACGGGACCGAGGAACAAAAGCAGCCUCGAGAUGCCCGGUGGCCUCCGGCCGCAACACUCACUUCGGCCGAACCCUCGGCCGGACCCACGGCCGAACCCUCGGUCACUGGCACUGCUUACCCGAACCCUCUCGAUACCAUCGGGCUAGCGAGCCAAACCAUGGAAGUGCCGAAGACGCUGAUGACACAAUCCCCAGUCAUCCCCGAAGCAGCCACAGCUAACCAAGCAAGAACCCUGAACACAGCCCUUGUCACAGAUCAAGAUUCAAACGAAGAUUCAGACGAAGAUUCCGAACAAUGGACAUUGCUUGGCAACCGUAGGAAGCCCCGUAGAGAGAUUAUCCAAUGGAUCCAAUCAACUCUUGCACAAAAGUUCAACCUCACAUGCAAACAAACAUUUGAGAAAACUGAAGCCACAACAGACGAUGUUCUGCUUAUUCUUAGCACUUUGUGGGAACGCGCAGUCGAUAUACCUUGUGAUCCUAGACAUCAGCUUGCCUUUCAUACAUUGGUGCUUAUAGGAGGCAUUGGUUUUCGGCCCGGCACUUAUGAGAAUAUGCUUUAUCAACAAGUCAAGCUACUUGUCGUUCGCGAUCCGGAUACAAAACAGCCAAGGCUUGUUGCUGAGAUCACGAUCAAUCAAAACAAGCUAUCGGCUAACAAAAUUGAUAAGGGGGCAGAUGUGGUGACCUUUUCUGCUACUAUGGUACCAUGCCAGAUCGUUUGUUUAGUUACGUUUGUAGCUAUUCAAGCUCUACAUGAUGAUGCCUUCGAAACAGAGUUUUCGUCCUUCGACGAAUUACUUCAGCGUCCAAACUUGGAAGAUGUUGAUUGCAUUGAACUUAGGUGGAAGGAUGGGAUGCAGGAAAAGCCUAUCUUUCCCUUAAAGUACCACAAAUUUCUGGAACUUUGGAACCGGAGAUGGUUGGUAGCGGGCAACAGAAACACUCUCCGGCCCUAUGCGCUGCGAAUCGGCGGUGGAAAUAAAAUUGAUGGUAAGAACCCUUUACCCGUUUCCCUCACUAUUUUGCUUACAAUUUUUACACAAGGUUCCCUUACAUCCGCUAUUUGAAACCACAUCCUGAGCCAUAACACAAAAACAUUCGAAACCUCUUAUCAAGCGAGGCAUAUUCCACAC